AAAAUAGUGAAUAGAAUAAAAUCGUGAAAAAGUGAGAAGAAUACAAUCCAUCGCCUUGUUAAAAGUGAAAAUAUUCGUUCGCCAGAAAAUAUAGUGGGUGACAGUGUCAGUAUUUUUUUGUGAGAACUUGUCACGAGCCGCACCUUCAUUAAAUACAAAGAUGCUGUCCGCUGCCCGACUGAUUGCCCCUGCAGCCAGGUCUGCUGUUUUCAACAACACGGCUCUCAUACGACCACUAGCGGCUGUUCCCACACAAAAACAGAUUGUACCCAUUGCACCAGCUCAACUGUCCGCAGUGAGGUCAUUCCAGACCACCACUGUGUCAAAAGACAUUGACUCUGCUGCUAAAUUUAUUGGUGCUGGUGCUGCUACAGUAGGAGUUGCAGGUUCCGGAGCUGGAAUUGGAACGGUGUUUGGGUCACUCAUCAUCGGUUAUGCCAGGAACCCCUCCCUCAAGCAGCAGUUGUUCUCAUACGCCAUCUUGGGUUUCGCCCUGUCUGAGGCCAUGGGUCUUUUCUGUCUUAUGAUGGCCUUCUUGUUGUUGUUUGCUUUCUAAACUACUUACUUAUAAGAACACUACUGCCAUCCCACACAUUGAGGUUUCAGUGAAUACUAUUGGGAGUGGACGGCCAUGGAAUCGAAUGAUUGAAAAUUUGGAAACCUCACCUUCAUAGUGAUGCAAGGACUGAUGUGUAAAUGUGUUAACUCACAGUGUGCGUCAUCAGGAAUGCUAUUAUUUAAUUAUGUAGUAUAAAAAAACAUCUGAAAAUAAAAUGUUGUACGUAAACAUUAUUUGAAUGCUACAGUUAUUUCUGUUCCUGACUUAGACUUAUCUAAACCAUGUUAUGCAUUAAUAUUUCAGAUCAAUCAGCAAUGGUUAAAAAUCGGAGAUGAUAUUUUAUUAAAGCCAG